UGGAUCUUCUCCUCGACAUCAGCUGAGCCUGGAAGACUCAUCCCUCGGAGACCAUGGAGAGGGACAGCCGGAAUGCUUCCCCAGCAAGGACAUCUCCAGCAGGGACAUCAUCUCCUGCUCGGGCAUCUCCAACUGGGACACCUCCAGCCCGGGCAUCUCCAGCUCGGGCAUCUCCGGCUCGGGCAUCACCUUCCAGGUCAUCGUCCAGCAGGUCAUCAUCUGCCAGGUCGGCCUCCAUGACAUCCUCCCCGACCAGAGUGUACCUUGUUAGAGCAACACCAGUGGGGGCUGUACCCGUCCGGGCAUCUCCUGCCAGGGCAGCGCCAGCCACCAGGGUCACCGUGGAGAGCCCAGGUGUCAGCCUGCCCAAGUUCUCCUGGCGGGACGGCAUGAAGCGGCUGCCGCUCAUCGGGUGCGUGCUCCUCCUCAUCGCCCUCGUGGUGUCGCUCAUCAUCCUCUUCUACUUCUGGCAGGGCCGCACGGGGAUCAAGUACAAGGAGCAGGUAGAGAGCUGUCCCAGGCACGCCGUUCGCUGCAAUGGGGUGGUGGACUGCAAGCUGAAGAGUGACGAGCUGGGCUGCGUGAGGUUUGACUGGGAUAAGUCUCUGCUUAAAGUCUACUCUGGGUCCUCCCAUGAGUGGCUUCCCAUCUGCAGCAACAGCUGGAAUGAUUCCUACUCAGAGAAGACCUGCCAGCAGCUGGGCUUCCAGAGUGCUUACCGGACAACCGAAGUGGCCCACAGAGACUUUGCCAGCAGCUUCUCAAUCUCUGAAUACAACUCCACCGUCCAGGAAAGCCUCCACAGGUCUGAAUGUCCUUCCCAGCAGUAUGUCUCUCUCCAGUGUUCCCACUGUGGACUGAGGGCCAUGACCGGGCGGAUUGUGGGAGGAGCGCUGGCCCCAGAGAACAAGUGGCCUUGGCAAGUUAGCCUGCACUACGGCACCACCCACAUUUGUGGAGGCACGCUCAUAGAUGCCCAGUGGGUACUCACUGCUGCCCACUGCUUCUUUGUGACCCGGGAGAAGAUCCUAGAUGGCUGGAAGGUGUACGCAGGCACCAACAACCUGCACCAGCUGCCCGAGGCAGCCUCCAUCUCCCAGAUCAUCAUCAACAGCAACUACACCGACGAGCAAGACGACUAUGACAUCGCCCUCAUGCGACUCUCCAAGCCCCUGACCCUGUCCUCUCACAUCCACCCUGCCUGCCUCCCCAUGCAUGGACAGACCUUCAGCCUCAAUGAGACCUGCUGGAUCACAGGCUUUGGCAAGACCAAGGAGACAGAUGAGAAGACAUCCCCCUUCCUGCGAGAGGUGCAGGUCAGGCUCAUCGACUUCCGGAAGUGCAAUGACUAUUCAGUCUAUGACAGUUACCUUACCCCGAGGAUGAUGUGUGCUGGGGACCUCCGUGGGGGCAGAGACUCCUGCCAGGGAGACAGUGGGGGGCCUCUUGUCUGCGAGCAGAACAACCGCUGGUAUCUGACAGGUGUCACCAGCUGGGGCACAGGCUGUGGCCAGAGAAACAAGCCCGGCGUGUACACCAAAGUGACAGAAAUUCUCCCCUGGAUUUACAGCAAGAUGGAGAGUGAGGUGCGCUUCCGGAAAUCCUAAAGCAGCUGGCCUGCUCCUCCUCACAGUGCUGGCUGCUGUGAGGACUCUGGCCCAAGGGACUGGCCAUUUGCGGCAUCUUCGGGGCUAAGGGCCCCCAGGCACCUUUGUGCUCCCACCUCCGCUGUCUGCUGCCUCUGUGUGUGCGUGUGUGCGUGUGUGCGUGUGUGUUGCUGCUCUCCCAAGUUCUUCAGAAACCAGAAGAGCUGACAACUCUUCCAGAAAUCCCAGGCUGGAGAUCAUCUGGAGAUAAGAGUUCGGGUACCACGGAUGUUCCUGCAGAGAUGUCUGUAAAUGGUUGGAGGAGGCGGAGCCCAGAGCGCAGGGAAGGGCCUGGAAUUCUUGCUCCUCCGACCCUGACUUGGAGACUAGCCCAGUGUGGGCAGAUGCCGGCAGCUCAGGUGAUGCCACUGCUGACCCAGGACAGAUGACAGGUUCUGUGGGUGUGCCAGCCUCCCGGCGCCUGGACUCGCAGCGGUGCUAAGACCUCAGGCGUCCUGCCGGUGCCUCGGAUGUCAAGAGUUGGGCUGUGCUGUGACUAACCAGGCUGAUGACUGUGGAUAGAUCUCCGUGUAUUUGUCUGGUCACAAGUUGUUGGGGCAGAUUUUAUUUUAUUUUAUUUUUAUAUUCAAGAAAUGGAAAUAGAUGUAUUUUUAAAGAUUCCUCUAAAAAUUUCAGGAGCCUUAAGAGCUAGCAUCAACCACCCCAAGAACUCCAGGGGACUCAUAUGGAAGUUGUACCACUUUUAGAGUCCUACAAAAUGUUUCUGGCUUCAAAGGACUGCAUAAAGGACUGGACGAAAGCCCCAGGAUGGAUGUCUCCCAAGUCAGUGCAGCAUCUAGAGCCCCUUUGAGAUACUCAGGGCAGCAAAUCCUCAUCUGGGCUGGCGGGCAAGUCCAACACAGAUUCACAUUCCCGAAUCCAAGGGCCCCAGCCGAGGCAUGAAGAAAUUGACUCUGCUCCUGCCUAGGCUCCCAGGAGCCACAGGGCAGUGCAAAUACACAGAGUCCCUGUACCCAGGGGCUGUCCUGGGCCUUUGGGGUUUCUUCCCGGCUUUAUCCACCUUUUAGUUUCUCAGUUGUUCCAGAAACAUAGCACUGGCAUAAAAACUGCCAUGGAGAGAAAGCUAACCCUGUCUCCAGAUGCCCCCCCAAACAGCUCUUCUGAAGGAUCCCAGCUGGCCCUGCUCCUGCAAACCAUCAGUGGGGCUGGCCUUGCAGCUGAAGGCCCAGGCCUUCCCCAGCCUUUUCUCUGGGGCACCUGUUUCGCCCCCCAGUCUCCCUCUCCUCACCUUCCUCAAGCUGGUCUGGGCCCUUGUGGUGCUGUGCUUCUCAGAGGCAGGGGCUGAGCAGACCAGCCCAGCUCAGCCCAGCCAGGAGGCUGCUCAGGGGAAAGACUGCCCCAGAAUUGAAGGCUGGAGCUGGCUGGAGUGGCUGGGCAGGAUCUGAUGGGUCUGAGUACAUUGGGGAAUGUUAGCAAGGCUGGGGAGGGGGCCACAUUCAUGUCUACAGCAGUCCCCAGUAAUGGCCUUCAGCAAUAAAAGUCAU